UGCAGCAUAACAGUCCCCGUAUGCCACGGCCACCCACCCCCCUGUCCGCGCUCCCCCUCCAACGCAACUUGAGAACAGCCUUAACCAGUGCCGGCUACACGACCAUUGAAGACAUCGCUACGAUAUCUCCAGACGACUUGUCCACAGAGCUUGGAAUAGAUGUCUUGCAGGCCGAGGAUGCGAUACAACAGACGAGGCAGUGGCUAUCAAAUGCCCCACCUGACGGACCGCCGUCCGUCCUCCCUCAACAUUUUCAAGCGCAUGUACAGUCAACAACAGCUGCAGAUCUCUUAUCAACAUCAGAUUUACCUCAUUUUUCGACGUUCUCCUCCUCCUUGGACGCUCUCAUCGGCCACCUUUGCAGCUCGACAGACGCACUUCCAACGAGGGGAGAAGAAUCCAACCAAAGGGGAUCCAUAGUUCCUGGUAUGUCAAUCGAGAUAUCAGGGCCGCCUGGGGGUGGUAAGAGCUCCCUUGCUCUUGCCAUUGCAAUGAGUGCUCGGCUUUCUCCUGGUAAUCUUACAAAUUCUGUUCGUGCGGACGAUCAAAGUGAAAAGGGAGAAGUGCUACUCAUAGACACCGAAGGAUCCAUGACAUCAGAACGUUUAUUCAAGGCUGCACAGCGCAUACAUGGGAACACCGACACAAAGUCUUUCCUUAAAGGUUUCUAUCUUGUACGGAUCUUUUCACAAGCUCAAAUGAUCGCCUUUAUAUAUACUCUGAGUGACUGGCUAGAAUCCCAUCCCAAAGUCAACCUGGUUGUCAUCGAUACAUUGAGUUUCCAUUUUCGCCAACCGGGUCUUGACUUAGCUGCGAGACGGAAAAUCAUGGAUUUAUGUAAACAAACCAUCAACCAUGCGACAGCUCUUCGUCGAUGCGCUGUGAUAGUUUGUAACCAACUUGCUACCAAACUCUUCACUGCCGAAAACAAACCAGCCAGUUUUGGAACGAGUGAUCGUGCAGUGUUAAUGCCCCAACUCGGUGACUGGUGGACUACCAACAAAACGCUGCGUCUUGUUGUAUUCAGAGGCGGCAGCGGUGAUGAGUUUAGAUAUGUUUACGCAUCAAUGUCAGGAUCAAGUAAAAAUAUUCCGUGGGCGGCAUUCGAUAUCAGCAAGGACGGUUUGCCUUGCGACGUACCAGAAUUAAUAUUUCAAUCAUGCUCCCAAGCCUCCCUACCGUCUUGAUAGAGGAAUGAACAGUCUUUGUACUGGUCCAACCUUGUGACGAUAUACAUCAUGGAAUAAUGCCUACUUAUUCAUCUAAUAUCCUGAAGGUCUCGCCACGCUGGUGUCAUAUGCCCUGAUAAGUCGUGCUUGAUCUUGGUUAUUGGUCUCGGUCUGUGAAAAGGCAAAUCCUCUCUGUCGUCGCAUACGCUGGGUGGCGCGCACCUUUUUGAUAGCCUUUUGAAAUCUAUAUUUUUGUCAGCAGAGAUUACAAGGCUGAUGAUGCUUACUGUUCUUGCC